AUGUCUAUUAAUCCCUCCGUCCUCAUUGUCGGCGCUGGUCCUUCCGGCCUCGUUGCCGCCCUAACCCUCCUCCAAAACAACAUUCCCAUCCGAAUCAUCGACAAAAGCCCCUGCCCGCACUCUGGCUCGCGCGGCUGGGUCGUCCAGCCGCGCACGCAGGAUCUGCUUCACCAGCUCGGCGUCACGGACCUCGUACAAGUGCUCGAGCCGGUGGUGCCCAUCCGCACGUACAAGCCUGGCGAGGGGCUCAAGAUCGACAAGGACAUCUCGCUGUUAGCUUCCAAGGAUGCUACGGCACACUUCCCUUACAUGGACCCGAAGGCGAUGGGCCAAAGCGGAAUCGAGGGUUUCCUACGCGGCACUCUGGCAAAAUACUCGUGCCAGGUUGAGUUUGGGGCGGAGCUCCGAUCGUUCGAGCAGAACGAAGGUGGUGUCACUGCCCAUAUCGCCAAAAAGAACGGCGAUCGAGAGACGCUGGAAACCAUCAACGUCCAGUACCUCAUUGGUGCAGACGGCGCGAAAGGUGUUGUGCGCAAGCAGCUCAAUAUCUCGUUCCUAGGAAACACCCGGGAGGAUGUGCGCACUGUCUUAAGCGACAUUUGUUUCACUGCCGAGGGCCUUGAUCGCGAACACAUGCAUAGAUUUGGCAAUCCAAAGGGUGCCAUGGCUGUUAUACGGCCCUGUCGUGAAGUUGGGACCGAGAACGACGGGUGGCAGGUUUUGGCUGCCGACCCCAUGAAGGACAUGGCGAUAUUCGCAGGUAACGAAACCGAAUUGCUCAACCACAUCAAAGCUGUUGUCCCUGCGGACAUCAAGUUCAGGAAGCUAGUCACGGUUAGCGAGUGGAGACCGAAUAUUCGCAUGACUAGCACAUUUGGUAUCGGACGUGUUUUUAUCUGCGGUGAUGCGGCACAUGUACAUAGCCCAGCAGGCGGCCAAGGCCUCAACUCCGGUAUCCAAGACUCUAUUAAUAUCGCCUGGAAACUCGCCCUCGUUAUUAAACAUCUAUCUCCGGCCUCACUUCUCGACACCUACAGUGCCGAACGCGUCCCCGUCAUCUCCGAGAUGCUCAACCUCACCACGGAGAUCUUUCAGCGCAACGUUUCUGGAGGGAAAGACCAGUAUGAACGGCCCGACAAGGUCCGCAUGCACGGUGUCAACUACCGCUCGAGCGCAAUUGUACUUGAGGAGAGGAACUCUGGCCUACCAGAGACGCCCGCUUAUGGCGAUGCGGUGGAGGGCGAGGACAAGGUAUUGGUCGCGGGUGAUCGGGCUCCGGAUGCGCCCGGAUUGGUGGAUGCGGAGGGGACAAAGCACAGGCUGUUUGAUCACUUCAAGAUGUCACAUCAUACGGUAUUGGUGUUUUCCCCCGACGCGGACGGUGCAAAGCCAUUCCUGGAGGCGAUCUCUAGCCGAACGGAUGGGAUUGUGAGGCCCAUUGUCGUGCUUCCUCAGGCUACUUGCCCGUCAUACACCAGCGAGUCCCAGGCACUCGUCCUUUGUGAUGGGGCAGGACACGCCUACUCGGGCUACCAGGUCAAGCAGGGCGAGACGUACACAGUGGUGGUGCGUCCGGACGGAUUCAUUGGGGCCAUUACGAGCGGUAUUGGGGGUGUACAGGCGUAUUUCUCGAAGGUGUUUCUUUGA